AUGGAGCAGCUAAUCCCCAUUAUGAACCGUCUUCAAGACGCGCUUCUGACUCUAGGAAGUGGCGAUGGCACUGUAUUUGACCUACCGCAAAUAGCUGUGGUAGGUGCUCAGUCCGUGGGAAAGACCUCCGUGCUAGAGGCGGUGAUCGGUAAAGAUUUUUUGCCAAGAGGCACUGGCAUUGUCACAAGGCGGCCCCUAAUCCUUCAGCUGCAACAUACAUCAGAAACUGCAGAAUGGGGGGAAUUCAGCCACUCUCCCGGGCACCGCUUCACCGAUUUCGCUCAGAUUAGGAGAGAAAUCGAGAGAGAGACAGAACGCGUAACGGGCCGCUCCAAGAAUAUUUCCCCAGUUCCUAUUUGCCUUAAGAUCGUCUCCCCGAACGUUAUCGACCUGACGCUCGUUGACUUGCCAGGCAUCACCAAAGUACCAGUGGGGGACCAACCUUCAGAUAUAGAGCUGCAGAUUCGCAAAAUCGUCUUGCAGUAUAUUAGUCAGCCGUCAUGCAUCAUUCUAGCCAUCACGGCUGCCAAUACUGACAUUGCAAACUCUGACAGCCUAAAGAUUGCCCGUGACGCAGAUCCUGAAGGCAUUCGAACCAUCGGAGUGGUAACAAAAGUCGACACAAUGGAGGAGGGUUCCGAUUGCGUUGACGUACUCACAGGCAAAGUCUAUCCACUGAGGCGCGGGUUCGUGGGCGUAGUGUGUAGAAGUCUCGCUCAGACACGUGAACAACUUUCCCCGAAAGCCGCACAAGAAGAAGAGGCCAGAUUUUUCGAGAAGCACCCUGCAUACAAGGUACUAAUGCAACACAUCCGCAAGUCCUUGCCGGAGUUACGUGGGCGGCUCCAAAAGAGACUUCAAGAGCAAGAAGCGGAGCUGGCAGGUUACGGAGACCCACUGCUGGAAGCCAAGGGAAAUGCGGGGGCCUUGCUCUUGCACUUCUUUUCCAAGUUUGCUCGCAAUUUCCAAGACGCGAUUGACGGGAAACUGCAAUCGCAGCACUCUUCGGAUCAUUUAAUGGGGGGCGCGCGCAUCAACUUCAUAUUUCACGAUUGGUACGGGCGUGCUUUGGCGGAGUUCGACCCCCUCAACGGUCUCACAGACCGCGAAAUUCGCACUGCCAUCAGGAACGCGACGGGGCCUAAAGCGGCAUUAUUUGUGCCUGAAGGCGCAUUUGAAAUCCUUGUGAAGAAGCAGAUACAGCGGCUGGAGACCCCCUCCCUCCUUUGCGUUGAGCAGGUUUACGAUGAGCUGCAGAAGAUCGUCGAAAAGUCUGAGCUUCCCGAGAUGUCCCGUUUCACGAACUUACGAGACAGGAUUCUGGAGGUUGUGUGUGGCGUUCUCAAGAGAUGCCUUGCCCCCACGAAUCAAAUGAUUCACAACAUUAUUCAGAUUGAGUUGGCAUACAUCAACACCAGCCACCCAGACUUCCUGAACAACAAAGUCCUACCGGAACUCUUUGGACAGGGCAGCCCCGACAGGCGCGAUUCGUGCUCUCCCAGCUUAGGCAACGCCAUGCAGAAUCAAAUGCCACCGCCGCCUCAGCAAGGCGGAAAGCUUCCUGCGUCUCUGGAUAAGGAGCCACCGCCCUCACCCAGAGGAGAGUUUGGUGUUGGAGGUGUACUGCAGCAAGGCGGAUUUUUUAGCUUUUUAAAGAACUCCAGGCCGUCUCCUCACAGCAACAGGCAGAACUCUACCAUUCCCACGCAUUUAGCCGCCGUACAGCCGCCGCAGCUGGUGCAACAGCACAUACAACAGCCACCUGUUCAACAAAGGUGUGAUGCAUCUGCCAUUGCUGAGCGAUAUGCAACAGAUACUCGCCUGACCUCUUCAUUUAACUUAUACCGUGAGACGGGGGGCAUUCUUCUGCCGGCCGUUCCACCGGUCGUUGCGCCAUCAGACACCCCAUCGGAUCGGGAAGAGUUUGAGACGAAUAUUAUCAAAUCUCUGCUCUGGUCGUACUUCCAAAUUGUUAGAAAAAACGUUGCGGAUGCGGUGCCAAAGGCAAUAAUGUACUUUAUGGUCAAUACGGCGAAGGACGUGCUACAGAGAGAGCUAGUAGCUCAGCUGUAUAGAGAAGAGCUGUUUGGGGAGCUGAUGAAGGAGGCGGGAGAUAUUAGUGCAAAGCGACAGCAAUGCAAGCAGCUCGUAAAAUCUAUACGGAGCGCGCUUGAGAUCAUUUCUCAAGUAAGAGGGUUCGGGGGAGACGAUCCUGCGGUGCCCCUCAGUCGCGGCUUGUAG